AAAUACCUAAUUAACAUCAAAUAAAUAAUAUUGUGUGAAUGGUUGGUAAUUUUAGUGACGACCUUGACGAGAGUCUUGACACUAGUGAACACGCAUUGCGUUUCAAGUGGUCAGCUGUAAACGCCGGUUAUGUUCAAGAUGACUUCAUUAAUUACUUUGUUACGGAUAGAAAUCGAGGUCCCUCCUAUAACAUAAUCCACUUUCUGCGCAUCGCAUCUGUGAGAUUAGCAAUACAGACAUUUAUUGAGCAGUUUCCCAAUGAGAAGGUUCAGGUUGUAAACCUCGGUUGUGGAUUUGAUACGAUCGCAUUAUGGAUUCUACAGCAAUACAAACAUGUUACGUGUUUCGACAUAGACCUUCCCAACUUGCUCCAACGAAAAGCUCAAAUGAUGCGAAAUGCAGAAGAGAUCAUGAAUCUGUUUCUUGGAUAUAAUGAUAUCGAGGAAGAAUAUAUCGUCACUGAGAACUAUAAAAUGGUACCGAUCGAUUUGAACAAUAUUGAAGAAUUGGAGACUUUGCCAAACAAAUACGGCCUGCAGAUAGACCAGCCCACAGUCUUCCUGAGCGAAUUAGUUCUUGUGUAUCUAUCCGUUGAACAGAGUAACAAGAUAAUUAAAUUUGCAAGUAACUUGGUAAUAAAGCCUUCCUGUUUUAUUUACUGGGAACAAGCCAGAAUGGAUGAUCCAAUGGGACAAAUGAUUUUACAAAGGUUUCAGGCACUUGGUUAUGAACUACAAGGCCCAAGUGUGUACAAGACCAUAGAGAGCCAGAUUAAAAGAUAUACUGAACUAGGCUGGCAGAAGGUUGUUGUAAUGGACAUGACUACGUUUUACAAUGAACUUGUUGCAGAUAACGAAAAACAACGAAUUAGAAAACUAGAAUGUCUAGAUGAUGUAGAAGAAAUUGCCAUGGUGUGUAGCCACUACGUUAUUGGUAUAUGUGGAAAACAACCGGAAGAGUACAUGUCUUUGUUUGACAGUUUCACAAAAGAAACUACUCGAGGAACCACGAAAACCUACACCACCGAAGAAAUGUUAGAAAUGAUCAAAAAUGGGACACUUUCUCAAAUGCAGCCAGCACCCCUGAAAACAGAUGGUAUAUAGUAACCAGAAUCUAUUAUAUGUAUAU